AUGGCACCGGUGAAGAUCAGCCACGUGGUAUCAUUUUCCUCUCAGGAUCCCAAGUAUCCUGUGGAGAACCUACUGAACCCAGACAGUCAGAGGGGACCUUGGCUCAGCUGCCCUCAGGACAAAAGUGGGCAACUGAAAGUGGAACUGCAGCUGGAGAGAGCAGUGCCCAUUGGCUACAUCGAUGUUGGUAACUGUGGCUGUGCUUUCCUGCAAAUCGAUGUGGGUCGUUCGUCCUGGUCCCUGGACAGGGCUUUCGUCACCCUGCUCCCUGCAACCAUGCUAAUGUCCUUAGCUGAUUCAAAGCAGGGGAAGAACCGCUCAGGGGUCCGCAUGUUUAAAGAUGAUGAUUUCCUAGCCCCAGCCUCAGGUGAGUCAUGGGAUCGACUUCGCCUCACCUGCUCCCAACCCUUCACACGUCAUCAGUCCUUUGGCCUGGCCUUCCUGCGGGUUCGUUCCUCUCUGGACUCCUUAGAGGAUCCCAUGACAGGCCCCUCAGCACUUGUGAGCUCUGGGCUGAGCCAGGGGUCUUCUGAUGCUCAGGAGUCUGGUCCUAGCCCCUGGAUGGCUAAUCCUUCUAUCCGGAGGACAUUCUUCCCAGAUCCCCAGACGAGCACCAAGGAAAUUUCAGAGCUCAAGAAUUUUCUAAAGCAGCUGCAGCCAGGGAUUCUGGGGCGUUCAGCCCGCAUGGUGCUUUCAGCUGCCCACAGGGCGCCCCCAGCCAGUGUGGCAGACCCAAGGAACAACCACGCAGAACCAGGUCACAGUCAUCCUGAUGGCUCAGAUUUCUGUCUAACUCUAACUCUCGGCCAAACGGGAGGGGAACAGCACGACAACAUCAACCCCAAACCGAAAGCAACGGACAGAGACGACACCAACCCCAAACCCAAAGCCAUGGACAGAGGCGACAACACCAACCCCAAAUCCAAAGCAGUGAUGUCCAGGAUAGUGGACAAUGCCCCAUUUGUGCUGCCACAGCCUAACUGGACCGAGAUCGUGAACAAAAAGCUGAAGUUCCCAUCUCAACUCCUGGGUGCCAUCCAGGAGGGGCGUCUAGGCUUUGUGCAGCAGCUGCUGGAGUUGGGGGUGGAGACGACAGGUGGCAGUGGGCCCCUGCAGAAUGUGGAGGAGGCCGAAGACCGCUCCUGGAGGGAAGCUCUCAACCUGGCCAUCCGCCUGGGCCAUGAGGCCAUCACCGGUAUACUGUUGGCUAAUGUCAAGUUCGACUUCCAGCAGAUCUAUGAGGCACUGCUAGUGGCAGUGGAUACAAACCAGCCAGCAGUGGUGCGUCGCCUGCUGGCCCGGCUGGAACGGGAGAAGGGCCGCAAAGUGGACACUAGGUCUUUCUCACUAGCUUUCUUUGACUCAUCAAUCGAUGGCCCCCGCUUUGCACCUGGUGUCACUCCACUCACCCUGGACUGCCAGAAGGACCUGUAUAAGAUUGCACAGCUGCUCAUGGAUCAGGGCCAUACCAUCGCCCAGCCCCACCCAGUCUCCUGUGCCUGCCUCGAGUGCAGCAACGCCUGCCACUACAACUUGCUGAAGUUCUCCCUGUCCCGCAUCAACACCUACCGAGGCAUUGCCAGCAAGGCCCACUUCUCACUGGCCAGUGAAGAUGCCAUGCUGGCUGCCUUCCAGCUCAGCCGGGGCAGGUUUGCUUCCGUACAGCCUAAGUACAUUGCCCUGGAGUCACUGAGCCAGGACUACGGCUUUGAACUGCUGGGCAUGUGCCGGAACCAGAGUGAGGUGACUGCGGUGCUCAAUGACCUGGGCAAGGACAACGAGACUGAGCCUGAGGCUGAGGGCCUGGGCCAAGCCUUUGAGGAGGGCAUCCCCAACCUAUUUGUAGCACACCCCAUCUGCCAGCAAGUCCUGUCCUCCAUCUGGUGUGGGAACCUGGCCGGCUGGUGUGGAAGCACCACCAUCUGGAAGCUCUUUGUCUUCUUCCUCAUCUUCCUCACCAUGCCCUUCCUCUGCCUUGGCUACUGGCUGGCACCCAAGUCCCGGCUGGGCCGUCUGCUAAAGAUCCCAGUGCUGAAGUUCCUGCUGCACUCCACCUCCUAUCUGUGGUUCCUCAUCUUCCUGCUGGGAGAGUCCCUGGUCAUGGAGACGCAGCUCAGCACCCUCCGUGGGCGCAGCCAGCACAUCUGGGAGACUUCCCUACACAUGAUUUGGGUCACAGGCUUCCUCUGGUUUGAGUGUACGGAGGUGUGGAUCGAGGUGGAACUUCCUGGAUGUGUCCCUCCUCUUCCUUGGCCCUCGGCCCCAACCCCCAUUCCACCCUACACUGAGAGAAGUGAGUGGUGCACCGAGGAUCCCCAGUUCUUGGCUGAGGUGCUGUUUGCUGUCACCAGCAUGCUCAGCUUCACCCGCCUGGCCUAUAUUCUGCCAGCCCACGAGUCACUGGGCACUUUGCAGAUUUCCGUUGGCAAGAUGAUCGACGACAUGAUACGGUGUUUCAUGUUCACCCUCAUGAUCAUCCUGACCGCCUACCUCUGUGGCCUCAACAACAUCUAUGUGCCCUACCAAGAGACACAGCGGCUGGGCAAGAAUGCUGGGGCAGAGACAGGUUUCAACGAGACAUUCCAGUUUCUGUUCUGGACCAUGUUUGGCAUGGAAGAGCACAGCGUGGUAGACAUGCCUCGGUUUCUGGUGCCUGAAUUCAUGGGCCAGGCCCUCUACGGCAUCUUUACCAUCGUCAUGGUCCUUGUGCUGCUCAACGUGCUCAUUGCCAUGAUCACCAACUCCUUCCAGAAGAUUGAGGAUGAUGCUGAUGUGGAGUGGAAGUUUGCUCUCUCCAAGCUCUACCUGUCCUACUUCAGAGAGGGCCUGACGUUGCCUGUGCCCUUCAACAUUCUGCCUUCCCCCAAGUCUAUCUUCUACCUUCUCAGGAGAAUUUUCCGGUUCAUUUGCUGUUGCUGCUCCUGCUGCAAAAGCAAGAAGCCAGACUAUCCCCCAGUCCCCACCUUUGCCAAUCCCGGGGCAGGGACAGGGCCUGGUGAGGGAGAGCGAGGAUCCUACCAGCUUCGUGUCAUCAAGGCCCUGGUCCAACGCUACAUAGAGACUGCCCGGCGUGAGUUCAAGGAGACUCAUUGGAAAGACCUGGGCAACAGACUUACAGAGCUGACCAAGACCGUAUCUCAACUGCAAAGUGAGGUAGCUGGUGUACGGUGGACUCUCACAGAAGGUGGGACACCCCGGCCACCCAGCGGUGCCAACAUCCUCAGUCGCUACAUCACCCGAGUGCAUAACAGCUUCCAGAACCUGGGGCCCCCCAUCCCUGAGACCCCAGAGCUAACAUUGCCAGGGGUUAUGGAAGCCCAAGUGUCUUCAGACACUGGGCCUCAGAAUGCGGGAAGGGCGAGGACUCCAGCUUCUGGAGAGUCUGGCCCCUCCUCCCCAGCUCAAGUGCUAGUGCAUAGAGAACAAGAAGCAGGUGGGGCUGGGGACCUGCUCCAGGAGGAGGGUUUGGAGACCAAGGGAGAGUCCUAG